GACGCCGGAACGUCCCUAAUUCAACAUCUCUCCACAAUUCACUUUUAGCCUCCUGGAAAUUCCCCCAUGACUCUCCUUAGACUUCCAAGAGAACCCCAAAAUUUAUUUUAAGAGCUAUCCUCAUUAAUUCCCUCACGUCUUCCAACCUCCCCCAUGCAGGUCCCUCACCGAGUCCUGGCUGCUGCAGGACACGACAUGGCGGAGGCGGAUCUCCGGCAUGUCAACGUCGUGGGCUUCGCCUGGCCAGAAGGAUGAGGUAGGGUAUGGGGUCCGAGGGGCAGGGAGGGUGGGAGGGGGUGGGGUGCGCCCUGCGCGGGCUAAAGUGCGCAAGCGCGCGAGGCUCGGGCCUUUCAAACCCCGGCGCGCCGGCGCCGGCGUCGACACUGCGCAAGCCCAGUCGCGCCUCUCGUUCCUUAGCAACGAGCGUUUCCUCCAGCCCCGCCUCCCUCCGCCCACACAACCCCGCUCUAGCCUCGCCUCCCAAUGGCGUCCGAACCCUGCUUUCUGGGAGCCUAGCAACAGAAGCGACCUCCGGGAUUGGUGUCUAGAAGAAAUUCGCCAUUCUCAUUGGACGAUGGAGUCACCGCCCACACUGAAGCCGAGAAAGCAAAUCUUUUUGCUGUAUUAUUAUUAUUUUUUUUUUUUUAAUUUUUUGUUGAGACAGGGUCUUGCUCUCUCACCCAGGAUGGAGUGCAGUGGCAGGAUCUCGGCUUUCUGCAACCUCUGUCUCCUGGGGCCAAGGGAUCCUCCCACUUCAGCCUCCUAAGUAGCUGGGAUUACACGCACGCGCCACCACAUUCGGCUAAUUUUUGUAUUUUUUGUGGAGACAUGGGGUGAGGGGGCGGCGGGUCUUGCCAUGUUGCCCAGACUGGUCUCGAACUCCUGAGCUCAAGCGAUCCACCUGCCUCGGCCUCUCAAAAUGCUGGAACUACAGGCAUGAGCGACCGCGCUGGGCUAGGACAGCAAAUCUGAGUGAAUUUUCGUAGUUUCGUAGGGAACCUGGAUUCUACGCAACAGGAUCUCCUCAAAUGGCUCAGGUCCCUUGGAGACCCAAGGGUGCAGCCCUGGGUGGGGUCGCAGCUGGAGACAGCCCAAACACACAAGGAAUGUGAGCCAAGCACAUGAAGAGAGGGGAAGGGAGACAAGGCACCCCGCACCCGCAGGACCAGCCUGGACAUGCUGGGUGCUCCAAGGUGGGGCCCUACCCACACUGGGUGCUUCCUUGGGAGGAGAGGGGAAGAGAGAGAAGGAGAGGGAAUCCCAGUUCUUGCAGCCACUGGGAAUCAAGAGGCCCAACUCCGUCUUGGUCUUCAAGCAAACAAACAAACAACAAUGGGCCGUGGGAAGGGUGAAUGUGGGUCCAGACCCGCCCCUCCUCAGCUUCCUAUAAAAGCUGGGGACCAAGUACUGCUGAUACACACACCAUGAGGCCCUCCAGGAGACCAAGGACCUUUCUGCUGGCCUUUGUGCUGCUCUGCACCCUCCUGGGUUUUGGGUGCCCACUACACUGCGAAAUAUGUACAGCGGCGGGGAGCAGGUGCCAUGGCCAAAUGAAGACCUGCAGCAGUGACAAGGAUGCAUGUGUGCUCCUGGUGGGGAAGGCUACUUCAAAGGGCAAGGAGUUGGUGCACACCUACAAGGGCUGCAUCAGGUCCCAGGACUGCUACUCUGGCGUCAUAUCCACCACCAUGGGCCCCAAGGACCACAUGGUAACCAGCUCCUUCUGCUGCCAGAGCGACGGCUGCAACAGUGCCUUUUUGUCUGUUCCCUUGACCAAUCUUACUGAGAAUGGCCUGAUGUGCCCCGCCUGCACUGCAAGCUUCAGGGACAAAUGCAUGGGGCCCAUGACCCACUGUACUGGAAAGGAAAACCACUGCGUCUCCUUAUCUGGACACGUGCAGGCUGGUAUCUUCAAACCCAGAUUUGCUAUGCGGGGCUGUGCUACAGAGAGUAUGUGCUUCACCAAGCCUGGUGCUGAAGUGCCCACAGGCACCCAUGUCCUCUUCCUCCAACAUAUAGAGUGCACUCACUCCCCCUGAAAAGCUAUCUGAACAGAGGAAGAUAUAUGUAGUGUGAAGUCCCCAUUUGUCCUCAGCCUGUAACUCCCCAUGUGCCUAUAAAGAAGUUAAUGGAGCAA